AGUUCUGUCAAAAAUGGUAUAAAUGGCAUAAACAUGUUAAAGUUUGGGGUGUUUAUAGUUUCAAAAAGUUGUUCAAAUCCACUUAAAAAGGCAAGGUGCUCUCAUAGGAGAAGUGUUCAGAAAGGAGAUGCAAACUUUCCACAAUCUGUCAACCCUUGACAAAACCAUAAACCUACUUAAAAAGCUUGUUCUCUCCCAAGCAGAAUGUUGUUUUGUUCACAAAAACAUUGGUUGUGGUGUUACUCACAGAGAGGUUGCUGCUGUGCAACAUGACACUUUGAUAUGCCGUAUUACUGAGCAGAUGUUGUUGUAUUUGUGUGCAGGUUAAAGUGAUGGUACGCGUAUGUCCUUCAUCGCCCGUAAGCGCAGCAGAGUCCAGCUCGUUCCUGAAGGUCGAUUCUCGUAAGAAGCAGGUGACCAUCAUGGAUCCAGAAGUGAAUUCUCAGCAGAAUCAAACUCAGAAAUGUGGCAGCUCCAACCAGGUUCCUCCAAAGAUGUUUGCAUUUGAUGCAGCCUUCUCCCAUGAUGCCUCUCAGGCAGAGGUUUGUGCAGGAACUGUGGCUGAGGUCAUUCAGUCUGUAGUCAAUGGAGCAGACGGCUGUGUAUUUUGUUUCGGACACUCCAAACUAGGCAAAUCCUACACUAUGAUCGGCAAGGACGACUCCAUGCAGAGUUUAGGGAUCAUCCCGUGUGCCAUCUCCUGGCUCUUCAAACUGAUCAACGAGUGCAAGGAAAAGACAGGCGCACGCUUCUCUGUACGAGUGUCGGCUGUGGAGGUCUGGGGAAAAGACGAGAACCUGAAAGAUCUGUUGUCGGAGGUGGCGACAGGCAGUUUGCAGGACGGUCAGUCUCCAGGAGUCUAUCUCUGCGAGGACCCCAUCUGUGGGAUGCAGUUACAGAAUCAGAGUGAGUUGCGCGCUCCUACGGCUGAGAAGGCAGCCUUCUUCUUGGAUGCUGCCAUUGCUGCACGUUACAGCAGUAAGCCAGACUACGAUGAAGAGGAGCACCGUAACUCUCACAUGCUCUUCACCUUACACAUUUACCAGUAUCGAAUGGAAAAGACCGGCAAAGGUGGAAUGUCAGGAGGCAGGAGCCGACUGCACCUCAUCGAUCUUGGCAGCUGUGUUAAGGUUUUGAGCAAGACCCGUGACAGCACUACAGGACUCUGCCUCUCUCUGUCUGCUCUGGGGAAUGUCAUCCUGGCUUUAGUAAAUGGCAGCAAGCACAUCCCUUACAAAGAUAGUAAGCUAACAAUGCUGUUACGUGAGUCCCUGGGAAAUAUGAAUUGUCGCACGACUAUGAUAGCCCACAUUUCCUCAUCACCCAGCAACUUCUCAGAGACACUCUCUACUCUUCAAAUCGCCUCUCGUGUUCUUAGGCUGAAGAAGAAGAAGGCUAAAGUAAGCAUGCAAUACACAUCCAGUUCCUCUGGUGGUGAGAGCUCAUGUGAGGAAGGAAGAAUGCGUCGCCCAACACAGCUGAGAACUAUCCAUUCUAGAAAUGUUGUUGAUUCAGAGAUGCCCCUGCUACACCUCUCCAGUGACCCUGAAGAUUAUUCCAGCAGCGAACAGUCAUGUGACACAGUUAUCUAUGUAGGUCCAAAUGGCUCAGCCCUUUCAGACAAAGAGCUAACAGACAACGAAGGUCCUCCAGAGUUUGUUCCUAUCAUCCCAUCCCUACAUAAAAAUAAAGCAGAUCUUGGCCAGACUUCUUUGACAUCACAACCAUCUCAACAGGUUGUAGCCCCACAAGUUCAGGCCUCACAGUCUGUACAACACUUGCAGACAAUUCAUCCCCGGCCACUUCCACCUUUGUCAGAGGAAGGUGCUGAGCCAGGUAAAAAAGAAAAAGACUGUCUUAAGUGCAACACUUUUGCAGAGCUCCAAGAGAGGCUGGGCUGCAUUGAUGGAAGAGAAGAGGUUACGAAAUUCCCUUUUGAAGAAGUCUCUGCCAACAGAGCUGCCAAAUUUGACCCUGACCACGGUCAAAUUGUUAAAGGGGGUCAGCAAUCCAGUUCUCCAAAGAGGAUCUCUGACCAGCAACUGGAGGAGAUCCGUGAGGUGGUUGAAGAAGCAGAGAUUGCUCAGUCAAUAAUUGAAAGCUUGACACAGUCUUCAACAGGCAGUUGUGGACUCUCAAGCAGCAGAAGUGUGACUGGCAGCAGUGGUAUUGGGCAACUAACUCCUCUUCACAGAGCGAAGAGCUCCAGUUUAACUGACAGCAAAGAAUCCAUCAGUGGUGGAAGCAGCAGUGAGAGUAAACCUCGUCCUAUGGGCUCCCCACGGUUGGGCAUUGCCAGUCUUACGAAAACCUCAGAAUACAAACCACCAUCCUCUCCCUCUCAUCGCUGCAAAGUGUACACCCAGAAAGGAAUAAUGCCUGGCACACCACCUCACUCCUCACAUAAUCUUAAUAAAGACUCUAGAAAAUCAUCUACUGAGUCUUUGCUUAAUCCUGAGUCUAGAAACUCUCCGUUGGGGAUGAGUCCACAAGUCCUAAAGAGAUCUUUAUCAUCCAAUAGCCUUGGAUCAGCUGAGACACUGUGUGAUGAUGUUCCUCAGCUGCCUUUGGACAGUAAGAAAAAUGUGAAUGAUGCCACAGUUACACUGGAGCAUCCUUUGGAACCCAAUGGAGAGGAUGAGCUGGUGUUUACCGUUGUGGAAAAGCUGACAAUUAGUGGGGUAAUGGAAAAUGGUAGACCGACCAGUAUUAUCAGCUUUAACAGUGACUGCUCCGUGCAGGCUAUGGCAUCGGGUUCAAGACCUGUAAGUAUAAUUAGCAGCAUGAGUGAAGACGUAGAACAUUACACUACUGUUCCCUGCACUACGACCACCACUAUCUCACAAUUCAACAUUUCUAAAUUCCUGCCUCUCAGCAAGAUAGAAGGGGACACCCAGGCUAGUUGUCGAUCCUCAAUCAGCUCAUGGCUGAGUGAAAUGAGUAAUGGCAGUGAUGGCGACCAGUCAUGUCAUAGCUUUGUUGCCCAACAGUGCUUUGGACAAGGUGAGGAAGUGGCUGAAGACAGGCUUUUAGAAAUUCAAGAAGAAGGUGACAUAGACCCUGAGUCAACUGAACAAAAGAAAUCAGACAAAGAGAGUGAUUCCAAUAAAACCGAAGUGAAUGAUAAAAACACAGCUAAACACAAAAUAGACAAGCUGUCCUUCACCUCAAGUGGCUAUGUUCCUUUUAAGACUAAUAUCACAACUCACCCAUGUGCUGCUGUUAAUCCAAUGGUUGUGCAGGACGACUUAGAAACCAAAACCUCUCUAGUCAAAGAUACCAAAUCACCAUGUGUUCCAAUCUCAAGUGAGAUACAUUUUGAUGACCCUUGGAUGAAAAGGGAGGGAUGUGAAGAGACCAAGCCUUUGGAGAUGGUCUGUGAUAUCAAGUCAGAGAAUAGAACAUCUGAUUCUGUAAAAAGGAAAUGUCAGAUUGACAAGCACAGGUCAAGUGAAGCAGCAAGUUCCCCUGAUUCCAUGAACCGGGUGUUGGAUGGCUGUGAGAUGGUCUUCAAUGCAUCUGAAAGCAUAAUUCAAGUGUACUCUGCAGACAUCCUCAGGACGGGUAGUCUCCCUCGUGCAUGGCAUCGCUUGAAUAAGCAAGACGAUCUGGAAGACCCUACAUAUCGUUACAUGAGUGGAGAGUAUAAAAGCCUUGGGGUUACCACUUCCACUCCCUGCAGUCCAAGAGCCACACUUGAAAGAAGAAGUUCAGCAGGGAGGCAAGGAAUCUUUGGUCGUCAGAAAGGAAUCCCACCAUUGCCACCUGUAAGGAAGUCUAGCCUUGACCAAAGGAAUCGAGCAAGUCCACAGCAUAAUCCAGGAAAUUCUCAGACACCAAACCAGCAUCUUUCUUUCCUUGGCAGCACACCUGAAGAUCUGGCCAGUAAACAUAAAGGACCAAAUGUAGAGAGCAGCAGACUCUUCAGUGCCAAACUUGAGCAGUUAGCAAACAGAACAAAUUCCUUAGGGAGGUCUCAUGGGGCACAUUAUAACUGUCAUUCCUUAGAGAGGGCUGAGAGUUUGAACUCUCUAGGCUCUAAGGGAGGAGUUACAAAAGACAGUACAAUGCCAAGGACAGGUAGGAGCAUCACCCGUUUUUUGCUCUCAUCACCUACCAGUGGACCAAAUGGUAAUAAUAAUGCCCCACAAUCACCCAAAGCAAGUCAAUCCAAAAUCUCUGCUGUUAGCAAACUCCUUAUGGCAAGUCCCAAAGCUCGAAGCUUAUCAACCUCUAGCACAAAGACCCUAAGUUUUUCCACCAAGUCCCUCCCACAGUCCGUAAACCGAAGCUCAAGUUUGCCUUCAAAUGGAAAGAACCAGAACCAAAAUUCAUGGUCAACUCAGUCCUUAAGUCGCAGCAGGGGGACAGGGUUAGUAUCUAAGCUACCAUUAAGAGCAGUGAAUGGACGAAUCUCUGAGCUCCUUCAAGGUAGUGGCAGCUCUCGUGCUACCCAAGGACGUGGGGCUUCAGACACUGAGGAGAGAGGAGCAGCAGUCCAAGGAGAGGAAAGGCCAGUGGUCCAUACUUUGCCCUCACCUUACAGUAAGAUCACUGCUCCAAGAAGGCCUCACCGUUGCAGUAGCGGACAUGCCAGUGACAACAGCAGUGUUCUAAGUGGAGAGCUUCCUCCAGCCAUGGGAAAGACUGCUUUGUUCUACCACAGUGGUGGCAGCAGUGGCUAUGAGAGUAUGAUACGAGACAGCGAGGCCACAGGAAGCACAUCAUCUGCUCAUGACUCGAUGAGUGAAAACAGCAGCUCUGUUAGUGGUCGCAGGAGCCUUAAGAAUUCAAAGAAAAGAAGUAAUACAGGGUCCCAGAGACGCCGUCUAAUCCCUAACCUCACCUUAGACACCACCUCUCCCGUGAGAAAGCCACUCAUCAGUCCAGGAGUACGCUGGGUGGAUGGCCCCCUCCGGCCAACACAGAGGUGUUUAGCUGAACCUUUUGAGAUUAAGGUCUAUGAGAUUGAUGAUGUUGAACGUCUACAGAGGAGGCGGACCGUAGGCAAUAAGGAAGUGGUAUACUUUAGUGCCAAACUGAAGAUCUCAGAGCAUCGGCAACAGAGAAUCUCAGAGGUGCGGGCCAAGUAUGAUUGGCUGAAGAAGGAACUAGAGCAAACCAAACAAUAUCUUAUGCUGGAGCCAGAGAAAUGGACCACUGAAUUUGACCUUCAACAGAUGUGUGAAGUGGGCUCUCUGGAAUAUUUGGAAGCUCUGGAGUUUGUCACGGAACGACUGGAGAAUCGGGUCAACUUCUGCAAAGCUCAUCUGAUGAUGAUCACAUGCUUUGACAUCACCUGUCGGCGACGGUAAAAGAUUCGCCAAGUAUUAUGGACAGUUGGAAAAGGAAAAGACUCAGCAGGGUGUAUGUGAGCAAGUUACAAAGUUGAAAAUGUUGAAAUGAUUAGGAAAAUAUAUAGGCUUAAAUUUUUUCUAAAAUGGAUUUUGGUGGGGAAUGGAAAUGCUGGACUUGGAGAGUUGAUGAAAAGAAAAGAAACGUUGUCCCACAUAGAUGGAUAAGCACUUUGGAACUUCAGAGUCGUUGUUUGCAAAAAUGGAUUGCUCGCUUGCAGUGAAUAAAAUAAAUAUAUUGCCAUAUGUGGAUAAAAGAACAGAUUGUUAAAGAAGAUAAAUAAAAACAGAACAAAAAGGACAAGUGCCUUGUGAACACUUCAAUAUCUUGGAAACCUAUGGACAAAAAUCCAUAUUUGUGUACAGAUGGUGCUAGCUUAAAAAAACAUGGAUACAAACAAACAAACAAAAGUUUAAAAAGUAUCAAAAAAAGAAAACACUGCUUGUUAAAUCUCUUAUUCUGUCUUGGUAUUUGUAUUGUUAUACACUAGUCACAUUCAACAUGAACUGUUACAUGUGUUUUAUAUGAUUUUUUGUAUUCUUGGACACACUGAGACCACAUAGAGUGUUUCGUAUUCCAUGGAAUAGCACAGCAGGACAUCUCGAAGAAUUAUUCUGGCAUCGACUCAUUGAUUUUUCACAUCCCCCCGCAGUUAUGUUGGCAUUUUCAGCAGCGUGAUGCCUCGCGCCUGGCCACUCCAAAGUGAGACGGUUGAGAGGCGAGAAGAAUCCUCAGUCUGGCCGGACCAACAAGGAUCUCUUUUAUCAAUAAUGCAUCCCUACUUCUUGAGCAUUUUUAAAACAAAACGUCCUAGUAUAAUAUCGUUCGUUAAAUACAACUUUAGUAGAACUUGCCAAAUGUAGUCUUUUGCAUUGCAUUCCAGAUCAAAUUGGUGCAUAUGUCUGCUCAUUGGCCUUCUCUCUAUGUGGUCUCAUUGUAAGUGUGCUGACACUUUGGUAUAAAUCUGUUUAUAUAUACUGUAUAUAUAUAUAUGGUGCUUGAGACAGUUUCAGCUCUAAAUGUUUAUAGCCUGUUUCUGGUACUUACUAAAGACUUCAUAUGCUUUUCCAUUCCCGCUUCACUCCUCCUGCCUGCCCUGACCCUCGCCAAAGCAAAGGGGAGCAACUUUCCUGCUGUCCUUUUGCCAUUGUAAUGAAUGAAGGAUAUUAUUUAUUUUUAACCUCAGGAGGCCUGUAUGACAGAGAUGCUUAGAUUCUAUAAUUUAUUUAACCUGCAAAGCACUAUGCAUUAAAAUUGUACAGUAGCUAAAAUUCAUGCCAUAUAUAUCUAUAUAAAAUGUACUUAUAUAUUUCACUUUUGUUCUUUGUUUUUGCAUUUUUUUGUAUUCGCAUCUAUUGCCAAAUCAUGGGAGACGAGAGAACAAGCAAUUUCCAUGUUUAUUCAUGAAAUGUUUUUCAUCACAACCCGUCACAUUCUUCAGCAUCUGUGGAUCGUUUAAGUAAUGCAUUGUGUGAUAUGCUGUACAAUGUGAAACGAAUAUUUCCAUAAUGCGCUUUAAUGUUCAGGAACAUGGUUGCCAAACUAAGGCCUCGCUUCCUUUCACUAAUUCAUGUGACUAGAAAGGAAAAGCAAAAAAGACAGUUUGGCCCUACAGAUGGAUAAGAGAAGAUGAGAAAAGUUGUCAGCAUAUUGCUUCAUGUUAAUACUGCGACAGUCGGCAUGAUUUCUUGUUCUAUGAGGAAAAACAAAGUCUGAAUGAGAGUUUGAUUGACAUACGGACUGAUGUAAAUAAAAGAUGUUUCAGAAGCAGCAA